UUUACGCGAUUAUAAAAUUGUUGCGCGCCUUGGCAUUAUUAUCCCUUCGGACAGUAUCUAAGUAAGGUGCCACAUUUAGUCGCUCGAUCUGCUCGCAAAAGGUUUGCUCUUGCCCACCAUGCUAACCUUAAUCGGGCUUUUAUUUUUAAUAUCGCACGUCCAGUGUGCAAGAAUAUUAGCAGUGUUUCCUGUUCCAUCCGUUAGCCAUCAAAUAGUGUUUCGACCUAUAGUCGCCGAGCUCGCGAAGAGGGGCCACGAAGUCGUAGUUAUCACGACAGAUCCCGCGUUCCCGGAUGGUAAAACUCCUGCAAAUUUGACAGAAGUCGACGUCCACGAUGUGGCCUACAAUUUCUGGCACAAGAUGCUGUCCAGCGAGGUGAUGGGUAUAAGAAACGAUCCCAAUUCUCAAAUCCAGGUGCUAAUUCGAGCUGUAGCUAAAACGUUCGAGGUGCAGGCCGCACAGGAUAGAAUAAGGGAUAUCAUUCAAAAGAAGGAGGGUGAAUUUGAUUUGUUGAUAUUGGAAGCUUGCGUCAGGCCUGCUCUGGGUUUUUCGCAUGUUUUCAAGGUGCCUGUUAUUCAAAUAAGCUCGUUCGGAGCCAUCACUUUCAACGAUGAAUACGUGGGCGGGGCCUACCAUCCGCUUCACUACCCAUCGCCGUGGAGCGAGAGACUCUACAAUCUGACCACAUGGGAGAAGAUCACCAAGUUAUUUUACUACAUGAAGCUAAGAAACUUUUAUUUUAACGACGUCGUGGACGAGGAGAAUGCAAUUUUGAGGAAAACUUUCGGCCCAAACACUCCCCCUGUGGGAGAGCUGAUAAACAGGGUGGAGAUGUUGAUGUUGAAUGUGCAUCCAAUAUGGAUAGACAACCAGCCGAUGCCGCCGAAUGUGGUGUUUUUGGGGGGCCUGCCCGGGAGACCACAAAAACCUUUACCUAAAGAUCUCCAAGAUUUCGUAGACUCCUCCAAACAUGGCGUGAUAUACGUAAGCUUUGGCUCCAACGUCAUCCCGUCUGCUUUCCAAGCCGACAAGAUGCACAUACUUCUCAACACUCUAGCCAGUGUACCCCACGAUGUUCUACUAAAAUGGGACAAAGACGAGCUACCAAUAAAGGCUGAUAAUAUUAGAAUCAGCAAAUGGUUCCCGCAACCGGAUAUACUCAGACAUCCCAAAAUCAAACUAUUCAUCACUCAAGGUGGUCUUCAAUCGACGGACGAAAGUAUUGCGUGCGGAGUGCCUAUGAUAGGUAUACCCCUGUUCGCUGACCAGUGGUACAACGUAGAGAAAUACGUUCAUCUCAAAAUUGGUCUACGACUCGAUCUAUACACACUGACGGAAAAAGAUCUACGAGACGCCAUACAAAAAGUCAUCUAUGACAAGAGUUACCGGGAAAACAUCGUGAAGCUAAACAGACUAAUGAACGAUCAGCCACAAACCUCCCUGGAGCGCGCGGUGUGGUGGAUAGAGUACGUGCUGCGGAAUGGCGCAGCCCACUUGCGUGCGCCAACGGCCAACAUGUCCCUGGCGCAGUUAGUGGAGCUUGACGUCGUUGGUGCCGCCGUGACCGUUGGCUGCGUCUUGCUCGCUGUGAUGGGUUAUAUUGGUUAUUAUUUAAAGAGUAUCAUAUCACCACAUAGUAUUAAAGUGAAGCAAAUUGCAUACUCAGCACUAAAAACACUAGUUAGCUCCAAAGUUCAAAUUACAAAUUGGGACACGCUGUAUACCUAUAGUAGUAUAGAACGUCGAGAUAAAAAUAUAACUGCCAGUGGCCCGCGACAGAAUUCAUUAAUAGAUAAGAUGGGGAAGACGUCGUUAUUGGUGUUAUUUUGUUUAGCGUUUAAUAGCGUUAAUUGUGCGCGGAUUUUGACAGUUCUACCUGCACCGUCUAUAAGCCAUCAAAUUGUAUUUUGGCCAGUGAUCAACGAACUAGUGAGGAGAGGACACGAAGUAGUGUCAAUUAGUCCAGAUCCUGAACAUGGCAAAGGAAAAGCGCCAGCGAAUCUCACAGAAAUCGACCUCCAUGACAUAUCAUAUGCCGCCUGGAGAGAGAUACUGCUGAAGGAAGUAAUGGGGAGCACCGGAGAAGUCGUUGAUCAAAUUAAAGCAAUUUACAUGUCUCUUUCUAAAGUUUUCGAUGAACAGAUGAAGGUGGACGAAGUGAGAGACAUAAUACUGAAGAAAAAAGGAAAUUUUGACUUGCUAAUAACUGAGACGGUUUCUAGGCCUGCUCUAGCGUUUUCUCACAUCUACAAAGUACCGCUGGUUCAGAUAAGCUCGUUUGGACCGAUCGUCUUCAACGACCACUAUGUGGGAUCGCUGACGCAUCCGAUCUUCUACCCUCUGCCGUGGCACAGCAAAGUCUAUGAGUUAUCGACGUGGGAGAGAAUCAAGAAGAUCUGGCAUCACUACAGCUUCCAAUUUUACUACAACAACGUUAUCGGAGAGUACGAGAAUCAAAUGCUGAAGACACACUUCGGCCCAGAUGUGCCAUCAGUUAGUGAAUUGUGUGAUAACAUAGAUCUCUUGAUCCUGGAUGUUCAUCCCCUAUGGAUUGAUAACCAACCGUCUCCACCCAGCGUGGUCUAUGUCAAUGGAAUACAUCAGAAGCCCCAAAAAGAUUUGCCGAAGGACAUAAAAAGUUACUUAGAUUCGUCCAGAAAUGGUGUUAUUUACAUGAGUUUCGGGACGAAUGUUAUUCCUUCAGCUAUGCCACCUGAAAAGUUGCAGAAUAUGCUGGAAGUUCUAUCUCGAAUGCCUUAUGACGUGCUAUUCAAAUGGGAUAAGGAAAAACUACCUAUCGAAGUUAGGAACAUAAAAAUAUCGAAAUGGUUUCCACAAGGAGACAUUUUAAGACACCCAAAGAUAAAAUUGUUUAUCAUGCAAGGUGGACUCCAGUCGAUGGACGAAGCCUUAUCAGCAGGAGUGCCCAUGAUCGGUAUACCGAUGUUGUCAGACCAGUGGUAUAACACAGACAAAUUCGUCAAACACAAGAUUGGAAUACACAUGGAAGAUCUAACAGAAGAAGUCUUCGAAAAAGCCAUUCACGCUGCUAUUGAAGACAAGAGCUAUCGUGAGAAUGUGGUGAAACUAAACGCACUAAUGCAGGACCAACCUCAGCCGCCGCUGGAGCGCGCGGUGUGGUGGAUCGAGCACGUGUUGCGGCAUGGCGGCGCGGCGCACCUGCGCGCGCGCACCGCCAACAUGCCGCUGCCGCAGUUCCUGCAGCUCGACCUCGUGGCGCUGGCGCUAGGCGCUGUGGCCGCCGUUAUUGUUGUUGUCGCAUGCACCGUACGUCUAAUCUGUAAACUGUUCACGAACAAAAAGACGAAAAAAGUUAAGAAGAAAUAGUAAAAUAUUUAAGCACAUAAAGAAUAAAUAUUAUAAUAAAAA